AUCCCAUCAGAUCCCUCUCUCUACCCAUCUUUGUACCUGCACGCAUCUUCUGUCCUAAGCAACCCCAUUUCUGUAGUCCUGCAAUGGCAGCUCCAUCCCACUCUGCCCAGUCAGCGAGCGAGCUAAUGGAAUGGCCAUCACUGCCCUCAACUAACUAACCACCUUUUCACUGCGCCCCACUGGCCACUGCCAUACCUAUCGCCAUGCACGCGCGAAUUGAGCUCCCCGUCCAGCGCCUACAAAUCCCUGUCACUGUCCCCGGCCGUCGCCGUCGCCGCCGUCGCCAUCGCCCCCGCAGCAGCAGUGCCGGUGUGCCACUUGCUGUCGGCCAGCUCGAGCUUUGAGCUGAGUAAGAGAGGGAGUUGGGGGAGGGUUGGUGUUCAGAGCAUGGACACCAUCGAGGAGUGUGGCGAUGGCAGCGACCGACACCUGCUCUCCGGCUCCAGGAUCCUCGUCGGCGUGCCGGACAACUCCCGGGGGUGCUCGGAGCUCCUGUCGUGGGCGAUCGGCGCCGUCGCCAAGGCCAAUGACUCCGUCGUCGCCGUCCACGUCCUCGGAGGGAGAGGGAGGAAAAAGAGGCUGCAGAAGGCGAACGCCUUCGUCAUCUACAUGCUCGGAGAGUUCGUGGAGGCGUGCGAGGCCAAGCAGAUCAAUUUGGAGGCUAAGGUGGUUUGCAGCUCAAACAUUGGGAGAGCCCUGACCCAAGAAGCUGCACUGACUGAUGGAAACAUCCUUAUUGUUGGGAGAUCAAGAAAUGCAUACCAUAGGAGCCAUUUUGAGACUGCAAACUACUGCUUCAUGCAUGCUCCAAAAAACUGCUCUGUGAUAGCUGUUGGAAGAGAAGGCUUACCACAAUGUAAUGCCCGAUUAAGGUCUCGGUCGUUCGAUGAAAGCAACAUAUCCUCAAGCUCAACAUGGAGCAGAAGAUUCCCACCACUUCAGAAGCUACUCAGAUCAAACUCAAUGCGAAAACCGGCUCAAUCCAGUACUGAAGGCGCUGAGGACAAGAGCUCACCGAGAGCGGUUCUUGAUGGUCCGGAGGAAGGGGACAACCAAGUCACUGAAGAAUGCUACAGCACGUCUAGCCAUGAGGUGAGCCGGCGUGGCCACAAUGGCCUAUGGAGGCGGUUGUCAGACAUGAAGCUCUGGCUUCCAUUCCUAAGGACAAUCGGCGAUGACAGUGUGAGGGCCAGCGAUGCUGGUUCGGCGUAUGCUGAAGAUCAGAAGCCUGCCUGGAGGUGUUUCAGCUUUCAGGAGAUCUCAGUGGCUACUAAUGAUUUCCAUCCAGAUAACUUGGCGGGAAGAGGAGGCUAUGCAGAAGUAUACAAGGGCGUCCUAUCUGAUGGCCAAUAUGUAGCUGUAAAGAGGCUGGCAAAAGGCUCGCCCAGUGAACAGAAGGAGAAAGAGUUCCUGGCCGAACUGGGGAUUCAGGGACAUGUAUGCCACCCAAACACAUCAUAUCUUCUUGGAUGCUGCGUCGAGAAUGGAUUAUACCUGAUAUUUGAAUUCUGCGCAAACGGAACUCUAGCAUCGGCAUUGCAUGGGAAGAGUGGGAAAACCCUUGAAUGGCCUUUGAGGUACAAGAUUGCGAUUGGCGUUGCAAGGGGUUUGCAGUAUCUGCAUAUGUUCUGCAGGCACAGGAUCAUCCAUCGUGACAUCAAGGCCUCCAAUGUGCUUCUUGGUGAUGACUUUGAACCUCAGAUUUCAGAUUUUGGACUAGCAAAGUGGCUCCCCAAGCAGUGGACUCAUCACUCUAUCAUACCCAUAGAAGGCACAUUUGGGUACUUGGCACCAGAAUAUUUCAUGCAUGGCAUCGUUGAUGAGAAGACCGACAUAUUCGCUUUUGGGGUUCUGCUGCUGGAGAUUGUCACUGGAAGGAGACCUAUUGACUGCUCCAAGCAAAGCCUUCUGCAGUGGGCAAAGCCACUCCUGGAGGCUGGGCAAGCGACUGAACUUGCCGACCCGAACCUCGGCGACGACUAUGACCAGGAUCAACUGAAGAGGAUGAUUGCCGUUGCAUCCCGCUGCAUUAUGCGACCGGCAAUGUGGCGGCCCUCAAUGGCCGAGGUUCUGCAUUUCCUGUCUACCGAUGAUUGUCUGAAGGAACCGGAGAAAUGGAACAUUCCAGAGGACGAGGUCGAUGACAUGGAUGAUUGCACAUUGUUUUCUGAAUCUUGUUCUCCAUAGUUAAUAGCCUCCUGCCCUUUUUGUAUUUGCUGCUGCUGCUGGCAUGCCUUCUUCUGAUGGUGCUCGUGCUACCUUUUAUGUUUCUUUUUUGGUUUUGAAUCUUAGAUGAUUGGUAUUUAUCAUGUAAUAUAGGAAGGAGAUUUUGGGAUGUAUCCAGCGCCGGUUUGGCUUUAUCGGUUAAAUUAGAGUAUGGAUGAGCAUAA